GCUAGCUUUACUGCUCAACUUACAGUGAAGGUUAUGCCACAAAUAGCGCACUUCGACUUCGGUGAUGGCCCAGUCCACUCUGGUCAAUUCGUUCAAGUAACAUGCACGGUUUUCGAGGGUGACCUGCCAUUGAAAAUCGAUUGGCUGUUGAAUAAUCGACCCUUAGGGGAUUUUUCCGAGGUAACAGUGUCAACAGUGGGAAAGAGAAGCUCUUUCCUAUCCGUAGAUUCCGUUUCGUAUGCACAAGCUGGAAACUACACGUGCACGGCAAAGAACAGGGCUGGAGAAGCUAGUUAUACUUCAGAGCUUCAAGUGAAUGUGCCACCCAGAUGGAUUUUGGAACCAACCGAUAAAGCUUUUGCACAGGGUUCUGACGCAGUAGUCGAAUGCAAAGCUGAUGGUUUCCCAAAACCAGUUGUUACAUGGAAAAGAGCUACCGGCGUAUCUCCUGGGGACUAUAGAGACUUUAAACCAAACAAUCCAGACAUUAAAGUUGAAGAUGGAACAUUGAUGAUCAACAACAUCCAAAAGACAAAUGAAGGCUACUAUCUGUGUGAAGCAAACAACGGUAUUGGAUCUGGACUGUCAGCUGUCAUCCUAAUCAGUGUACAAGCCCCACCACAAUUCGAAGUAAAAUACCGGAACCAAACUGCAAAGAGAGGCGAUCCAGCUGUUCUACAAUGUGAAGCCAAAGGUGAAAAGCCAAUUGGUAUCCUGUGGAAUAUCAACAACAAGCGACUAGAACCGAAAGGAGAUAACAGAUACACGAUCAGAGAAGAGAUUUUACCCGAUGGAGUUGUCUCUGAUUUGAGCAUCAAAAGGACUGAACGGAGUGAUUCUGCGAUUUUCACAUGUGUGGCAACCAACGCUUUCGGAAGUGACGACACGAACAUCAACAUGAUAGUACAAGAAGCUCCCGAAGUGCCUUAUGGUCUUAAGGUUUUGGACAAAUCUGGAAGAAGUGUACAGCUGUCCUGGGUCGCACCUUAUGAUGGAAACUCUCCCAUUAAGAAGUAUGUGAUCGAAUACAAACCGAGCAAAGGAAGUUGGGACAAGAACAGUGAACGUGUUUUAAUACCAGGCGAUCAAACUGAAGCAGGUAUCUUCACUCUCAGGCCAGCUACGACAUAUCAUAUUCGAAUAAUCGCUGAAAACGAAAUCGCCGCUAGCGAUCCUUCCGAAACUGUUACCAUCAUCACUGCUGAGGAGGUUCCAAGUGGUCCACCAACAAAUAUCAGAGUCGACGCAACUGAUCAGCAUACACUUGUAGUCUAUUGGAAACCACCCCAGAAAGAUCAGUGGAACGGUGAAAUCCAAGGAUACUAUGUUGGAUACAAGCUCUCCAAUGCUGAUGUACCGUUUGUUUUUGAGACUGUCGAAUUCCAAAGGGAAGAAGAGAACAAGGAGCACCAUCUCAAGAUUUCCGGUUUGAAGACCUACACUCAAUACUCCGUGGUGGUACAAGCUUUCAACAGAGUAGGAGCCGGACCAACUUCGGAGGAGUUCAAAGCUACCACCGCAGAAGGAACCCCUAAACAACCUCCGGAGAAGGCAACUUGCACCACACUGACUGCUCAAACCAUCCGAGUUUCUUGGGUUUCUCCACCUCUUACUUCAGCAAAUGGCGUCAUCAAGGGAUACAAGGUUAUUUAUGGGCCAUCCGACACUUGGUAUGACGAGAGUACCAAGGAUACAAAGAUUACGGCUUCUAGUGAAACUAUCUUGCAUGGACUGAAGAAGUACACCAAUUACAGUAUGGAGAUCUUGGCUUACACUUCUGGAGGAGAUGGAGUACGAACAGCACCCAUUCACUGUCAAACGGAACAAGAUGUACCUGAGGCUCCUACCGCCGUUAAAGCCUUGGUGAUGUCAGCCGACUCGAUUCUUGCAAGCUGGAAGCCACCAGUUGAACCUAACGGCAUUAUCGAGUACUACAUGGUAUACUACAAGGAAGCCGGUACUGACGCCAAACCGCAUUCUCAGAAGAUCGUACCGAAUAUCAGGAACCAGAAUCUGAGUUUCCAGGCCAAGAAUUUGGACAGCGACAAGAAAUACGAAUUUUGGGUUACUGCGGCUACAACGAUUGGUGAAGGACAGCCUUCAAAGAAAGUCACUGUAUCGCCAAGCACUAGUGUGCCUGCAAAGACUGCUUCCUUCGACGACACUUUCGUGACCACUUACAAGGAAGACGUGACCUUGCCAUGUCUUGCGGUCGGAGUUCCAGCACCUGCCAUCACUUGGACCAUCAAAGGUCAAAAGUUUUCGGCCAACAACAACGACCGAAUCAGGCAACACCCAGAUGGUUCUUUGUUCAUUCGUGACGUCACCAGGGGAGAUGCAGGGGAAUAUUCUUGUAAAGUAGAAAAUGACUAUGGUCAAGAUUCUGUAACUCAUCAACUUAUCGUAAAUGCACCACCUCAUCCACCAAAUGUCCAGCUGAUUGCCACUACCACUGAUUCGCUCACGAUCAAAAUAAAACCUCACGAAGCAGAUGCCGAAUCAAUUCAUGGAUACACCAUUCAUUAUAAACCAGAAUUUGGAGAUUGGGAAAAGGUUGAAGUUGGUCCCAGUACUGAUAAGUACACCAUCGAUAAGCUUCUCUGUGGUACCAGAUACCAAUUGUAUGUGACUGCUUACAACAGUAUUGGAACAGGUGAUUCGUCCGACAAUCUGACCCCGAAAACUCGAGGAGAAAAACCGAUUAUCCCCAGUGCUGACAAAUUCAUUGAAGUAUCUUCAAACAGCAUCAUCCUGCACCUCAACGCUUGGUCUGACGGAGGUUGUCCUAUGUUGUAUUUUGUCAUUGAACAGAAGAAAAAAACAAGUACUGAAUGGAUCCAAGUCUCAAAUAACGUAAAACCAGGGGCAAACUUUGUACUUCUUGACUUGGACCCAGCUCAGUGGUACCAUUUGAGAGUUACGGCUCACAACAACGCUGGAUUUACGGUUGCUGAGUAUGAGUUUGCUACACUAACUGUCACCGGAGGUACUAUUGCCCCAGCUCGCGAAAUCCCCAAAGACAACGACACCACCACCGUCCAAAUAAUCCUGGCCAACCUAAACCUAGUAGUACCCGUAGUCGCCGCAGCGCUGGUCAUUGUCGUCGCGGUGAUCGUGAUAUGCGUGUUGCGCGGUCGCGGCCACUACAACAAAGAUGAUGUAGUAUACAACCAAUCGUGCAACCCCGCCUCGACCCUGGACAAGAGACGACCGGACCUGAGGGAUGAGUUAGGCUACAUCGCUCCGCCCAACAGAAAGCUACCACCUGUUCCCGGAAGCAACUACAACACCUGCGACCGAAUCAAGAGAGGUACUGGAAGAGCUCAUUACCGAUCUCAUUCGACUUGGGACCCAAGGAGGCACAUGUACGAGGAACUGAGAAGCAGGCGUGGUUCCAAUGAAACUGUCCAUACCUGCAGAGGCAUGGACGACGAGAUCUGCCCUUACGCAACCUUCCACCUGUUGGGCUUCCGCGAAGAGAUGGACCCUUCGAAGGCGAUGCAGUUCCAGACCUUCCCGCAUCCCCAUGCUGGAACAGGUACCAUGGGACCUUCGGGUAUGGCGACACCACAUGGGCUACAUAGCCGCAACGGAUCUCAGUCCAUGCCCAGGCAGCAGGCUAGGAACAGAUAUGACAGAGUUGGAUCUCAAGGUAACGGCAGUAUCUACAGCGGUAACGGAGUCGGCAACAUGCCCGAGUACGACGACCCGGCCAAUUGCGCCCCUGAGGACGAGCAAUACGGCGGAGGCUCCGCCUACUACGGCGCACCGUACGACCAAUACAGUGGGCGCGGGAGCAUCGGAAGGCGGUCCUUGGGCAGUUUAAGGGCGGUACAGAUGAACGGAGGCAGUCCCGAACCGCCACCACCACCACCGCCGCCGCGCAACCACGACGGAUCCAGCAAUGGUCAGGGAAACGCUUCGUUCAAUGACAGCAAGGACAGCAAUGAGAUAUCGGAGGCUGAGUGCGAUAGGGAUCAGCUGAUCAAUAGUAGGACGUACGGAGUCUUGAGAGGUAACUCUAAGGAUGGCAUGACACACGAAGAGAUGCGAAAACUGAUUGAGAGAAACGAAACAGGGCAAGCCUGCGCAGCAAACGGCGGACGGUUCGCAGCCCGCGAUGAUACUAUGGCAGUGUAACCUGUAAGCACUGACAACUGAUAAUCGUCGCGGCCAGCACCGAAGACGUUCCGUGGAGUCAUCAUCAGUCAUACGGCCGACAUUCUGAACGCUAAAUGAUAUACACGUAGGUCAGUCGACAGGUUUUGCCAAACCUGUAUGGUUCAACUGCACUAUAAUACUUGUCAAGAGGGUCUUAUACGUUUGUAAAGAAUUUAUCAAGGUUUAUCUUUAAGUGAUAACAACUUUGCGAAUUUAAAAUAUUUUUAAAAGCAUCUAGUGACACAAAAUAGUAAGAUGCUACUUCUAGGUAUUUUGGACAUUAUUUUUUUAGCCUAAUUUCUUGCUACGUACAUGUUUUUCGUCCUACUAGUAUGUUCUGUUACAUCAUUGUAUAAUUCCUGAUAAAUUCUAUGACACAGACUCCUCUAGCGCAAUCUCAAAUCCUUGGAGACUGACCAAUCUCUGAGACUGACACCGUUCCUUGGUUUCCACAAUUUAUGAAUUGGAACACAACAUUGCGCGUUGGAUCGUGGCCAUACUUCUUAUCUUCGCUUUGCUUAAGGUGUUCAGUGAAUCGGCCGCAAAAUUGACAUCGAUUCCAAUUGCAUAGUGGUCUAGAUAUUUGCUUUUUUACUCAAGAAUGAUAUUAAUCAACUAAUGAUGUUACCGAAUGCUUCAUACUCAAUUAUAAUUAAGAGACUUAAUUGACGAAUCAUUCAUGUUGGAAAAUUUCUUCUCAUCUCAAAACACAAAUGUGUGUCAGGAGAUAAUGAAGUAGUAUGAAGCUGCAGCAGAAUACCAAGAGAUAUUUUUUGUUACUAUUAUUGUUAUUGAGAUUUUUCAGUUGAUAAAAAGAGCCUUUUGGUUCAUUGCUUUGACUGCUCCUAUAUUACUGAUAUUUUUGUAGACCACAACAGCAAAAAAUCUAGAUCACUGUACCCGUGAAUCGGUGUGAUUUAUAUUUAAGGAUUUACGCUACUGUAAUUUUUCCUUUGCGAAAAGGGGGCAAAUACGAAAAGGGGGGCUAAACCGGAGCCGCUGACAAGCGUACACCGAUAUAGGAUACGUUUAGGAUUUCUUAUUUAAUUUCUCUUUUUGUACAGUGGCUCAAUGUGUCAUGUGAUAUUUUGUGGUUUGUGAACGUUUAUGUAUUUUAUUUGUUUUGGUCUUUGGCGCUCUUAUUACGAGAAUGAGUUAGCGUUGCAUUUUAGAUUUUUUCCUCGGUCUACACAUGAGGUGCCAAAAAUAAUGAGGAAGCGACGUCUGUUUGAAACCAGAGUGGACCACGAUUUGUAUGGAUUUACAUACUCUACAGAUUAUUUGUUCGUUUGAUGGUGUUUGAAGUCUUCCAUUGCAUGUUUUUGUAGCUCCAAAUUUUGGAUUGCUGAAUCAGCACAAGUGAACGUCAUUUUAGAUGUAAAUCUCGGUUUGAAUUGCAGCUUAAGCAGUCACCCUGAGAGCACUAGACUCUUUAUUUGUGCUUCUAGAUUUCACUAGAAUAAUAUCUCAAGAAUAAACAUCAAAGCAUACUGAAAACCCUGCUAUGAUGAACGAUAUCGCUAUAAAGUCAAGGUUCUGAGAUACACAAAAAAGGUCAAAAAGCUUUUUCGAGUAUAAUGUGAAUCUAAUUGAAACAGGGAGUCAGUAUCACUGUGUAAGAAUAGCUCAUUUUUUGUACGUCGCGUAUUUUUCUACAAAAUGGAAUCAUUUGACUGCAAUUAUAAAUUUUGAGUAGGAAACAUCAACCUUUUUGGAAAACUUUAUGGUAAAUGUCCGCUCUGUAGUAGAUACCACUUAAGGUGUACGCCCAUGGAGGAGGAAGAAUUUUAGCGGAGAGUCACGAAUUUUUCCAUUGGCUUCCUUUAAACAUAGCCAACUGAGAACCGCGCACCAGAAAUAUGCGAACAUUUGUAAUUGAUCUCUUCGCGUCGCUUCGCCUCAGUGGGCGCGCAGCUUUAUGCGAGUACCAUCAUGCUGUAGGCUAAACCUUUGUACAGAUAUUUAUCUCUUUUUGCUUAUUAGGCUGUUUUAUAGGUUUUUUCAAUGUUUCGUUCUCAGUAGGUGCGUUGGCGAUAAAAUAUGGUUUAAUUAUUUUUAAAUGUAAUAUGUACAAGUGUCAGAUGGUUGUGCAUCGCCAACUUUGUAUAAAAUGCUAUUUGCUGAUUAAAAAAAUAUAUAUUGUAACGCUAUAAGUGGCAAUAUGACUGAAUGGUACCUUCAAUCAAAAUUCGUAGCGUGUUUCAAAACUAUAUCUGUAUUGCAGUACAUUGAAAGUACGAUUAUACUUUUUGUACGGGAUAUAAUUAAGUACCUUCUUUGACCGUUUUUUGACUUAUUCGGUCACAUUGAAAGAAUUUUUUUCCAGAAAUGCGUUUUAGACUUUUGGUUAUAAUGCAUAUUCAAAAACCAUACUUCGCUUGACUUGGAGUUAUCCAAUACCAAAAACGGACGAACACGUGCCCUCAGGUGGCAUCAAGGUCAACUUGAAACACCGCGAUUUUUCCUUUUAUGUUGCGCUGUAUGUGAUGCUCAAUGUAUUAAGAAUACCUUUGCUGUAGGUAUAUAAUUGCUUAAUAUUAUCGGUACUUACUAAAGUCAUACGGCCACUUAUGAUUUCUAGUAGCGAAAAAUAAAAAACUCAGUUGCAAAUACUGUAAUAGGAUAUAAUAUCAGUGUCUCUGAAUUUAAUGCAUGUAAACUAGAUGUUAAAGGCGAGAGCAUUAUACCUAAUAAUUAUAAUAGCUGGGUAACAAAUUGAAAUUAUCAAAUUUAGCUGAGAACCAUCCUUGUGUAAUUUUCCUCCAAUACUCAACAAAUGCUUAGAAUUGUACACGGUAUUUCUCAACCAACAAGUAAUAACUGGAGGGAAUCUCGAUGUGUAAUAGUAUGCAGAAACCAUAAGGGUUUACCGACUAUGGGACUCAACAAUAUGGAAGUUCCGAAGUCAAGAGUAUGCGAUGAAAAUCUGUACAUAUGCCGAGUUUAAAAGAUAACACAAUCGUUUGUACCACCACAACUUAUAGAUUCCAUGCUGUCGGAACAUUGCUUGUUGAUUGCGAAACACGUACAAAGGAAAUAUAAACAUGUAGGUUUAGGAAUGUAUUUAAAAAAUACGAUCCAUGUGAUGGCAUUUUAAACGAUUUAUUUUGUGUUGACAUAUUGAUAGCUCACCAGGUGCAGAGUGGUAUUUUUUAGCUUAUUUAUGCAUAUUUUCUUCUGUUCUGCUUCUUAUAGCCACAUUUGCCCGGGCAAGCCCACAAUAUGUCAACGUACUUAGAUAUUCCAAGUUCCUAAGUAGUUACAAUAGGCCCUGCGUUCUUUUCAUAAUAGCUUUUUACAGAGAACUUUUCCAUGACAAGUUAAGACUUUAAACAAUAUGUCAAAGUAUAAUCCACAAAAUUGGGAAAACCCUGUAACAUUUCGAUCUUGAACUGAAAACGUGGGAGAUAUGGCACUAGUCUCAAGAUGUUAAUGGGUGAAUUAUACAUUCUAGUAAAAAUAUUUUGAAUGAUCAUCUUGUAGCCAUCAAUUCUGAAUGGGAAAUUAUCUGUUUAAAGUUCACCUUCCACCUGAUAUAAAUAGAGGAUCUUAAGAUUGCCAUCAUAUUCACGUAAUACCUCCUAAAAACUUAGAAGACCGGUUGCUCGAAAAGGAGGAGAUACGACAAAUGACGUCUUAUUUUUUGUGAUAAUGGUUGAAAAAGCCAUUGAUAAAAUGUAUCAUCGUAUGUGUGCUAUAAUUAUAUAAUCCAUUAGACAUAAGUGAGAAUUAAAUAAUAUAAUCUCUCUUAAACUAUCUAGUUGUAUAUCCACACUACUCUCUAUUAAUUGCUCCAACAUUUAAAUGUUUACUAUAUUUACUUGUAACUAAUCUUUUGUACACAUUUUUUCCCUUUUUUAUUGUUUUUUUCUAUUGUGACAUCACGAUGAUUUAGUGUGUUUUAUAUAAGGGUUUUUGCCAUUUUCACACUAUGAUUUUUUAAGAGCUUAUGUACCAAAG